AUGCUGACCAGCAGUAUGUGAAAACUACUAUCCCUUAGUAUGUUUACCUGAGUAAUGUUCCUUGCGCAGAUUGCAAUUUAAAGAUCCCAAAAAGUAUUCUUAGAUACAGCAUGAUUUCUAUCUACUACAGGACAGAACCUUCCAUUUACUGUCCAACUGUAAGAACAAAUGUUAUGUGAUUAGGAAACUAAGAGGCCCAAUGAGUGAAUAAAACCGGUGUAAAUAUUACAAUGCAUUGUGUUUGGGGGGGGAGGCAGCAAGGAACCCAUGCGUCAUUAAUUCACUUACUGCACAGUAAGUGGGCGUUGUUCAUAUCUAUCGUAUCAUACAUUCAGUACAAUGUAAGGGAAAAUAAUAAAAAAUCUGAUUUAGAAUAUGUUCUGUAUAUGUAAAUAUAAGUGUCACAAGUUUUUUAUCCUAAUGAUGAAUGAAACACUUAAUUGCUAAAGGAAAUAUUAAUUAAUACUUGCCUCUACUCCAUUGAUGUCAGUGGUAAUAAUUUCUGUGAAUGCUAACAUUACCCUCUUCAGACAGACUUAAAAUUCAACCCCUCCAUUGUGUCUGAUCCUGCUGGUGAGCACAUACCCAGUUAGAGCAAUGAUAAAGUAAUUGGCAAUUCUUUGCCAAUGCUUUUGAAUCAGAAUCGAAUGUCAUCUGUCACUAUGUGCCUAUAUUCAAACAACAAAAACCAAAAUCACAGCAAAUUGAGCGCAGUGAUAUAGUAAACAUUCUGAAAUUAUUUUUAUUUUUUUAUUAUUCCCAGCACAAUAGUAUUGGCAACUCAUUAGUACAAUAUAAGAUUGUAUUAAAAUUGUCCUAUGCCCACUCCAAUUGAAAUAAAUGCAGUGAUGCUGUGAUUCCUACCUACUUGCAGAUCUUUUUGCCCAAGAGAAACAUGAAAUACGCAUAGCAGGAGGGGCUGUGCGAGAUCUCCUUGUGGGGAACCAGCCGCAUGAUGUAGAUUUUGCAACGACAGCAACCCCUGAUCAAAUGAAGGCGAUGUUCCUCAAAGCUGGGAUCCGAAUGAUAAACAACAAGGGCGAGAAGCAUGGAACAGUUACUGCCAGGGUGAGAUGUUCAUACUGGGUUUUUUUUUUAAGAGACACCCCACACACUUAAAACACUUUAUAUUGCGGAAGUGCUUUAUGUGUGCAGAGUUUGUUCUAUUUUGCAAGGCACCUGCAAAAUAGCUGCAUUGAGCAGUCUGUGAUUGGACAGCCACAGACUGGCUGGGCUGGGUUUGAAGGGAAGGGCUUGCAAAGGCAACAGACAAGAAGAUAUUUGCAGAUAUUGCAAUCUGUUUUGAGAUAUACCCCCAAUCAAGAAAAAAGAAUCGUAGUUCAACGUUUGCACAUUUUCAUUGGGACUAUAUCUAAUUGUUAAGAAAUAAUAAAAUAACUUUUUUCAAUUGAAGUGUUCCUUUAAAUAAUAGGAGCCUAUAAAAAGUCUGAUUGAAAGGAACAUUAUAGUGACAGGAAUACAAACAUAAGCAACUUAAAUGGUGAAUAUACUCGCCUUUAUACCUGUGCCGCCCAGAGAAAGCUCCACUCCGCCUCCCUGGCUGAUAUCAAAAUUGGUGAUCUCAGCCAAUCCAGAGGCUAUUGCACAUGCACGGCAAAACCCCACACUGCGCCAAUUAGCAUAUCCUCAUGUUUCUGUGCGUCAAACAUGUCUGGUUACAAUUACAUGUUUGUUAGUCCACCCAUUGUAAAGCACUUCAGAAUUUGUUGGUGCUAUAUAAAUAUAAUAAUAAUAAUAGACCAUACCUCUAUUCCCUCUAACAUGUACAUUUUCUUUUCUGGUUUCCAUUUUCCCAAUGUACCCUGCAUACUCUACUUCACUGCACCAUUAUACAUAUUGUGUGUUCUUUAUCCAACUCUUGGACUACUUUUUGUUUUUAUGGUGUUGGGAAGAGAGAGGUGCUGCUAGAACAGGCUUGGUUUUGGGGUAAUAGAUGAUGGCCACUAGUAAUGUCCCAUUACUUUUUUCAUCAACACUGCUCACAUUCUACACGUAACCUGCAUCUACCAUCAAAUAUACAUCAUGUGCCCGUAUAACGUCACCCCCAGGCAUAAAAGGGGGUUAAAAGCCGUUUAGUAGAUCUUCCCUUCCAGAGACACAGGCACAGCUACCGUAGACACCAAUACACCGAACUGGAGAACCAUAUGAAUGCCGUAAACAGCCGAAUAGGAAAAACCAUACGAAUAGGUUUACACUCCUAGCAGUCGAACUGGAACAGCAUACAAUAAAUCCCCCCCAAGAACAAGACAAGGCUCUGUUUUGAGGGUCAAGCAGGAACAGACAGAGCUGUGAUUUUAUUGUUCUUAUAUACACAUUCUUACACAUUAGUACAACCCACAGGGUUUUGGAAAACAACCAAUAAACACGUACAAUACACUCAGACACUCUCACCCAAAAUACUCCCCUCUGCCUGUGAUACUGUUACCUUACACAAUGGGUAAUGUAAUUAUCACAGGUAGAGAAAUACAGUUUUUCCACAUUCAUAAUUUUAAAAGUUUGCAUCACAAAAAACUUACAUUUUUGAGAAUCAGCAUACUCCAAAUACAAACAUACAUCAAAAUCAUACAAAUUGGUCCAGUGGUUCAAAAGAUAGAUCGUAGUCCUUUGUGACCAAAUGAAGCAUGGCUUUUCUGCCCAAAACCAGUUCCACAGAGUAUUCUAUCCUGGAGAUAAUUGGGAAGUAAUCCAAUUAUCUCCAAGGACAGAGGCAAAACUCCAUUGAACACAUGGCAGCAAAAGACAAUAAAAUACAUAAAAGUAUAUAACUGUGCAGCCAUUGCAUAAAACAGGUACAUUCAACAUAUCCCCAGAUAGCUCAGAUCUGAGCGCACAUUAUUACUGAAUGGCGCUCAGAUCACAUACAUACAGUUCAAUUGCCAUGGAGCCAAAGUCUUUCACAUAGUCUUUCAUUAUACAAAUGGGCUCCAUGGCACAGCUAUCUGGGGUAUCACCGCUCAAACAGGGCAAGCACUGAAUGACCCGGCUUUCGUGUCUUUGCAGGGGAAAAUCAAGCGUUUCAACAUGGGGCCAUAGUCUAAAGGGAGCAGGCGGGCAACCAGGCUCUUCCAAUGCAACGCUUAAAUGAUGAUUUUCUCCUUAUGGCAAUAACACUGUUCUGCAUUAUUGUCAUUCGACACACAAGUCCCAUUUAGUUGUAUUCUUAUAAUUAAUCAGUUAGGCGCUACAAAAGAGUUUAUAUUAUCCUGGUUCGGUAACUAUUGAGAUAUCAAAACAAACCAAAUUUAGCUAUCCAUUACAUAUUACAAUAAAGUGGCAAUUUUUAUAACUCCUUUUAUCUAAACCUAAGUGAAGCUUAAUAAAUAUCUGUGUGAGGUUAAAACUGUUCCUUUUUUUUGUAAGCAUCAAAUAAAAGAACAUUGAGUUUAUUUUUUAGGAAUAUUAACAUUUGUAUUUUGUCCUAUUGUUAGUUUUAUCAACUCUUGUGUCUUUUCAGAUCGAUGAUCAAAACUUUGAGAUCACUACCCUGCGGGUUGACUUGCAAACAGAUGGACGCCACGCAGAGGUGCAGUUCACCACAGACUGGAAAGGCGAUGCAGAGAGACGUGAUCUGACCAUAAACUCCAUGUUUCUGGGUAAUACAUCGUCACAGACCGAAACAUAGCACCAUCCGCAAGGGGGUAACUAUCAGGGUAAUCAGCUGUGCAGCUUCUUUGGUACUGUGAUUUGAUUUACUUCAUUACACAAUUAAGACACUUUGCACCUUCGAAAAUCUUAAAAAAAAAAAAAAAAAAGUGAGGCAUUUACACAAAUACAUUGCUCCAAUGGAUACACAGAUAGAAGUCACGGCUCCCUUUAAUAAAUCUGGAAGACUGACCAUAAAUAAAAAACAACUCACAUUCUGUGAUGUACCAGAGUCCAUAUAUCCUACCUCAUAAGACGUCAGCCUGCAAAAAUUGCAAGUAUAAAAUGCAAGAAUUAUGGUCUCCCUAUGAGCUUUUAAUGUUUAACUCAUAUACACAAACAGUUUGAGCGCCAUAACUAGGAAUCCAUUUUUCCCCUUUCUCUAUGAUUUGCCUAUUUCCUUUCUGUUACUCAUCAGGAUUUGAUGGGACCCUGUACGAUUAUUUUAAUGGCUAUGAAGAUUUGCAAAAACGAUGCAUUCGAUUUGUCGGAGACCCAGCUCAACGUAUUCAGGAAGAUUAUCUUCGAAUUCUGCGAUACCUUAGGUAAGAUGAAAGUUCUGUAGCUUUACUAUUGUUCUAUCCUAUAACCUCUGGGAGAAUGGAAUUUCUUCUGUGGAAUUUCCUUGAGUUGUUAUGAUUUUUCUCUUUUCAUUCUUACUGCCUGGAUGUAGGUUCUACGGAAGAAUUUCAGAAAAACCUGGAAUUCAUACAACUGCAACACUGGAUGCUAUCAAAGAGAAUGCCCCAGGCCUAAGUGGCAUCUCAGGGGAACGAAUUUGGGUGGAAUUGAAGAAGAUCCUAGAAGGAAACCAUGUGAACCACUUGAUUCAAAUAAUUUAUGAACUUGGAGUGGCACCUCAUGUGGGUGGGUAUUAUUUAAGAAACAUUAAAGAAACACUAUAGGUCAGGAACACAAAAUAUAGUAAAAUCAUACAUAUAAUCCAGUCUGCUGCUGCUGGUUCUGCCCCUGACUCGUCUACUUGGCUGACAUUAUCAUAAGUAGUGAUAUAAGCCAAUCACAAUGCUUUCCCAUAAGAAAGCAUUGGAUUGGGUGAGACUGUCAAGGAGGUAGAUCGGGGCAGAGGUAGUACAAGUUAAACCCGGCCCGGCAAAUCAGCAUCUCCUCACAGAGAUGCAUUGAAUCAAUGCAUCUCUAUGAGGAAAGUUCAGUGUCUCCAUGCACAGGAUGGAGACACUAAAUGUCAGUCUCGAGGAAGCACCUCUAGAAGCCAUCUUUAGGAGUGGCCAGUGGAGAUGGCCCUAGGCUGUAAUGUAAACACUGCAUUUUUCCCUUCAGAUUAGAGGCAGUGCUUUACAACAGGGGAUUUCUAAUCAGGAGAGAAAAAAACAGGCAGGCAAUCCCCAAAAUUUUCAAGAACCUCCCCCAAUUAACCUUUGGCACUAUAAAGUGCCUCUUACCUAAGACAGCCCAGUCCUCUGCCUGCCUUCGGCAGAGGAUGGUGUAAGGUGAGACGGCUGAGGCUCUGCUUUUUUUUUUUUCUGACAUCUGCCAGGGAUAAGCACGCUGGACGUCUGCAUCUCCCCUGUUUGUAUUUGCUUUCGUCUGUGACAUGCAGACGAUGGUUCGCUUGCGUGCGCUAGCUGGGAGGUCCUGAUAGUGGAACACAAGUACAGGUUGCGAUGCUUUCCAUCAUGGAACGCGUUGCACAUGCGCAAUGCGAUUUCAAAAUUCAGGCGCCAAAAUUAUUUUUAUAUUUAUUUUUUUCUACCUGCUUCAAAAUUUUGGUUUCAAGAACUUAGAGAGGCUUUUUACCCAGCAGCAACUAACUGUUUGCCAGAUGCACUCAGAAUCUGUUGUAAGUGUGUUCUCACCUUCCCUCCAACACACUUUGAGGCCAUUUAAGGUAAGACUUUUUGCUUUUAUCUUAAAUGAGAAUAGCCUGAAUUGUAUUUCAUUUAAUCUGUGCUGUAUGUUCCCAACCCAGUUAUAAUCGUUAAACAAAAAAAGCACAGAUAAUACUAAGAACAAUGGUAAAACUAUAAUAAUGUAUUAGCUGCUAAAAACAUAAAAGAUUAUUUCUUAAAUCAUAGUGCAUUGAAAGUGUAAGCUCUUAGUAGAUCGGUCCCAUAGUAGAUUCUAAUAGGUUCUUAUUUAUAUAUAUAUAUGUAACGGAUCGCCUGGCACCCCGACUGGGUACCUCCGUUGAAGGAUGCUCCUAGCACUUCCUGAGGACUCCAAGCACUGCAGCAGACACCAAAACCACCGAACCGUAGGAGCAUAUGAAUGCUCUCAAGCAUGUGAAUGCUGUAGACAGUUGAAUAGGAACCAUACGAAUAGGUUUACUCUCCUAGCAGUCAAACUGGAACAGCAUACAAUAAAUCCUUUCCCCAAUAAUGAGACGACACUUCACUUUGAGGGUUAAAACAGGAACUCUCUGUACUGUCACAUACAGUCUCUUUUAUUCCCAAUCCACAAACAUAGUACAGCCCACAGGGCGUUACAAAACAACCAAUCACAUAUAAGUUACAUCCCACAUAUUCCCUCCCUUAUCCUGAGAGGAAACUCAAUUACACAUACAGUUAAAACAUACUUUCUACCCAACUUUCAUAACUCUAAAACCAUACAUCACAUUCACAUAAAAUUACAUAUUCACAAUCAAUCCAUUCAGGGGAACAACAUAUUAAAAAAUGGCAUGAAUCAGACCAGGGGUUCAAAAGUUAGUAAAAAAGUCCUUUGUGACUAAAUGAAGCAUGGCUUUCUGGCCCAAACCAGUUUCAGAGUCUUCUAUCCUGGAGAUAAGUAAUUCAAUUAUCUCCCAGGACAAACACAAGACUCCAUUAAGCACAUGGUUGCAAAAAGACACAAAACACUUUAAAAUACAUAAAGUAACCUUUUCCCAUAACACACAGACAUUUCACAUAUCCCCAGAUAGCUGGGAUCUGAGCGCACAAAACUACUGAAGAGCGUUCAGAUCCUAUUCACACAGUUCAAUUGCUAUGGAGCCGAAGCCUUUAACUACACAAAUGGGCUCCAUGGCAUAGCUAUCUGGGUUAACACAUUCUCAUAAAGUCUGGUCCAUAGUCCAAAGGCAAGAGGCGGGCAAGCAGCCCCCUCCAAAGACACGUGGCGAGGCCGGUUUCGCCACAAUAUAUAUAUUGGCAAUUUUUGUGCAGAGCCUAAAUGUCUAUGCACACUUACCCAAUGGUGUGCAAGAUAUAAAUUUAGAGUAUUAG